AUGCUUGUGCCAGAGUUUUAUGCCACAGUGGUGAAAGAAGAUGGGUUUUACACUAAUGUACAAGGGAAGAGGAUUUUUGUGAAAAUUAGGAAAAUUCUUGAAUUUAGGAAUGUGCGUGCGGAGGUGAAUCCCGAGUAUCCUACAAUUGUGCCUCUUGAAUUGGAUGUUGUGAAUAAGAAGAGUCAAACUCAAUCUGCUAGAAGGGUACUAGUGGAGGCGGCAGGGCAAGAUGAGGUAAAUGUGGAAGGGGAGGAUGAUGCACAACAUGGGGAUAAUCAACCUGCAUACGAGAAACCAGGUGCGAGGUCUGAGAGGGAGAUAAUACUUGGAAUGGAUCAAGACUAUGAGAUCCUGAGGAUAGGAUGGGUCAUUACGAAGAUAAUCAGAAGGAGAUACUUCGUAUUUUGAGGCAGAGAUAUAAUGCUGGACCUUCCUCAUCUGCUUGAGGACUUGGUUAUUACUUUCUCUUCCUCUGUCUUUUGAUUAAGUAGUUAAACUACAUUUCUUUUUGAGGAUGAUUAUGGUUUAUGCUUUGACUGUUUGACUUUGAAUUUGAGUUAUG